UCUCAGAACCUUAGCAAACAACGAAUUCAGAUGGUGGAUAGCCGUUGCCACUCACAGAAUUGGUAGCAUAAGUAAGCUGGACCAUCCUCGGUUUGCUUAUGAGUGCCCGGUUUUAGUGUUGAUCGCACCACUCCCUUUUCACCCUCACAUCUGCUCAGAGGAGACACCGUCCGAGCUCCUUUCCAAGAGACCUGCGUAUGCGCCAAAUUUCACACAGCACCACCGCAAGCUUAACAGAAAAGCCUUUCCGUUCUUUUUCUUUUUUCAAAACCCCUUAACAAAACAUCAUAAAAAGCGCUCGUCCUCUCAAUACCGACCCCUUAAUUUGAUACGGCUCUUAUUUAGCUUCAAAUAAGUACCUAGACAUCAAAGAAGAAAAACGAGCGAAGCCACAGAAUCCUCUUUAUUUUGGUGGUCUCUGCCUUCUCCACCAGCCAUGGAAGUCCCAGACUGGCUUCGAGGCGUCUUUCUCAUCCUAACACUUCUAUCUUUCGAGCCACAAAUCGCCCGCAUUUAUCAUCGCCGCGAUAGUACAGGCAUCUCCCUCUACUACGUCCUCUUCAACCUCAUCAUCGCCACCGAGCUCUUCACAAUCUCCUUCUUCCACCUAGUCAACAACCGUUGCGAGGGAUCUGACUCGUUCGUACACGAUCCGCCCAACCUAGGUGAUCUCCUCAACCUCGUUCACUUCACGGCUGUGUGGAUUGCCUGGAUCAUAAUACUACUUCUAGCCAUCAUUUACUCCCCAAUCGCCAGAGACACAUCGAACAUCAUGUUAAUAUACAUCUCCUUCCUCACCAUCUCCCUCAUCCCCCUCUUCCUCGACGCCCUCUUCGUCGACACCACCGACCCCUACCACAAAUGGGUUCUGGGUUUCUUCUCAGCGAUACACAUGAUGUUCAUCAACCCUGGUGUCUUCUUCCUUUGCUUCUUCGCCAUGGGGGCCCAAGCCCGCGAGAUCAUCCGCCACAGACAUGAAGACAGUGCGCUGAGCUUGCUCGGGCUGGCGGUGCAGGCUGUCUUGUUUGCCGUGCUUUCGGUGACUUGGUCGGGGCGGCUGGUGUUUCAGUGGGACAAGAUCCCGGAUGGGAAUUUGUUGAACUGGAGGGUGUUUGUCUUUUGGUUUCAGGCUGUUGGGUUUGUUGUGUAUGAUUAUGCUGUUUUUGCGAUUGGGCAGGGGGUGUUGCUUGCGCUGGCGCUGAGGCAUUUGGAUGUGGCCUUGACGGGGGGGAGUCUGUGGCGGGUGAUCUUCUUGGAGACAGAUGGGGAGGGGUAUGAGGAUGGGGUUGUUGGUGAGGAGGAGGAGAGGAGGCCGUUGUUGGGUUGAAGAGUAAGGUAAUGUCAUCGUGGUGACGAAUUAUUACUGAGGGCAUGUUAUAGACCUGGUUACCUACCUGACUUGCAGGCAAGGACCUCAUUUAGACACACUAAUUAAAGCUGAAUAUUAGUUGAUC